AACUCAGUACUACGGAAUCAGGAACACAGUCAUGUCUGUAUAUCCCUGCCUCUUGAUGAAUGAUGGGAAUAGAAUCCCAGUGGUUGGCUUUGGUACCUAUGCACCAGAUAAGAUUCCCAAAAGCCUGGCGGAAGAUGCUACAAAGGUUGCAAUUGAAGUUGGCUAUCGGCAUAUUGAUGGAGCACAUAUAUAUGGAAAUGAGGUUGAGGUUGGACGAGCAAUAAAGAAAAAAAUUGAAGAUGGAACUGUGAAGAGAGAGGAUCUUUUCUGCACAGGGAAGCUAUGGAGCAAUUCACACACCACAGAACGUGUGCGUCCAGCAUUAGAGAAGUCCUUAGCAGACCUUCAGUUGGAUUAUCUGGAUCUUUACAUUAUUCAUACACCUGUAGAAUUAAAGCCUGGAGAAGAUCUGAUGCCAAUGGAUGAGAAUCAAAAACCCCUCUAUCAUAAUACUGACAUCAGAGACACCUGGAGUGCUCUGGAAGAGUGUAAAGAUGCUGGGCUAGUGAAGUCCAUUGGUGUCUCCAACUUUAACCGCAAGCAGUUGGAGCUGAUCCUUAACAAACCUGAACUGAAGUACAAGCCAGUCUGCAACCAGGUGGAAUGUCAUGUGUAUCUGAAUCAGAAAAAAAUGCUGGAGUUUUGCAAAUCCCAUGACAUUAUUCUUGUGGGGUACAGUACAUUGGGAUCUAGCAGAGAUGAAAAUUGGAUAGAUCAAAGUAGCCCUGUCCUCCUUGAAGAUCCGGUCUUGAAUGAAAUUGCUAGAAAACACAGUCGGACUACAGCACAAGUAGCCAUGCGCUUCCUGCUACAGAGAGGGAUUGUAGUUCUAGCAAAGAGUUUCAAUCCAGUCAGGAUUAAACAGAACUUUCAGCUCUUUGAUUUCCAAUUACCAGAAGAAGAUAUGAAAACCAUAGAAGCUCUGAAUAAAGACUUGCGUUAUGAUCCUUUGUUUAUAUGGAAAGAUCACCCGAAGUACCCUUUUCAUGAUGAAUAUUAAACUUCACGCAACAAACACAGCUUUACCACUGAUGUACUGAAAUGAGUAUGCAAAACUUCUAUUUGAAAGGCCUUUUGAAACUUAUAGAGAUUAAAUAUUCCUAUAUUUGCCAUGAAGUAUCAUACCACCUUGUGACAAUUUGCAUUAAAAAUUAGAGUAAAAUAAAUUGAAAUAAAUAAA